CAACAAAUAAAUACUACGAGAACUCGAGCGUGGGUGAAAAAACAUGGCGGAGAAAGAGAAACGCCCGGAGAAGGAGAACGGCGAAGUGACCGAGGCGGCUACGGCGGUGGAAACAGCGGCCGGGGAAAAAGAGGAGCUGCCGAAGACAAUCGUGCGGCGGCUGGUGAAAGAUAAGCUUUCGCAGCUCUCCACCAGCUCCGAUGUCACCGUCUUUCGCGAAGCCCUACAAGCAUUCUCGGAAAGCGGCCGCCUCUUUAUCCACUACCUUACAGCCACCGCAAAUGAGAUCUGCAAGGACUCCCAUAGGCAAAUUAUCAAUGCUGAAGAUGUUUUUAAGGCUUUGGAGGAUAUGGAUUUUCCAGAGUUUAUUCAGCCUCUGAGGGAUUCUCUUGAAGAAUUUCGGCAAAAGAAUGCUGCGAAGAGAUCAGUUUCUUCGAAGGUGAAAGAGGUGAACGGAAAAGGUAAAAGGAAAGAGCCCCCUGCCACAGAAGUACAAGAACUACAAAAUGGAACUCAAAGUGAAGAAAGCGAAGAUGACGAAAUGGCUGAGUAGAUUUUACUUGUCAGAAUGUUCCUUAGAGAUAGUAGGCUUAUCUAUUGUCACAUUUUGGUAGUUCUUUGCCAAUCAGAUAUUUGUUGUUAGUACUACAGCAGAACUUAAAAAAAAACUCUGAAAAGUUCUGAAAGGCGUCGCAAACUCUGCUGCUGCCCCCUCAUUUUCUGCUCCCUGCAGCAUGUCUAUGUUAUAAUUUUCGGAGUUUGUAAAUGUUAAGGAAUCCAAGGACUUUUAGAGUAGUGAUUCAGUUGGCUCAUUUCAUUCAUUUAACAGAUUAUCGAUUCAGAGGCAUCCAAUACUAAUAUCCAGCUUCCUG